UGCGUCGUGCAGGCAACAAGUCGUAAUAAGAUUUGUUUACACCAAUUUUUACGUAAUAUUAUCAUUGUUUUUACAUAAACAAGCUUACUUGCUGGAAUAUUAUGAUACAAAAGUGAAAAUUGUACAGCAUAACAUUGGUGGUGUUGAUAGAAAAUCAUCAUGGCGAUCGCUCAGUGCUAAACAGACGACCAACAUAGAAGCUAAAUUUGAGGGUACUGAUUAAAAAAAAAAUUAAAGACUGAAACAAUAGGAUCAUAAUGGCAACGCCUCCAAGAGAAUUAACAAAAAAUGAAGAAAUUAAAGAAAGAUGUCAAUUAUGGGUGAAAUCUCAAACUGAAUCGCACCCUUUAUCUAGUCCUUUGUGUUCUGAAAGAGGAGCCACUUGUGAAUUAGAUGAUUGCAUUGAUACAGAUUCAGAAUUUGAUUCUGUUUCGGAAUGUGGUGGUAUCAAGAAAAGACGAAUAACUGUGUCGUCUAAGGAUGAAGUUCUUAAUUUAUUGUGUGAAUGGAAAAAUUGUAAUUUUAAGAGCAUAUCCCUCGAUAGUUAUACACGUCAUGUAGCUCUUCAUGCACCACAUCUAGAGAUUAAAACAGUUGAUGAUCAACAAGUUUACGCUUGUCAAUGGAAAGGGUGUGAAUAUUUAGAUGAAAAUGCUGCUAAAAUCACUAGACAUCUUAAUUAUCAUUCUUAUCAUACUAAAUUAAAAGUGCUGGGCGCUAAUCUCAGAGGAAAAAUCAAAUUACCGAAAUGCCAACGUGAAUCAAUGACAACCAAUGUAUUUGACCCAACGCCCAUGAUACUCUGUCAAUGGGGAGAAUGUUUAAAAUCUUUUAAUAACUUUCAAUUGUUUUUGUACCAUGUUAGCCAUCAUCUAGAGAAUUACCCACGUGGAAAUAAAGUUGAAGGAGGUGUAAAAUGUGAAUGGGUGGGAUGUAAAGGAAAUUUUUCAAGUUUUCAUAAGCUUAAGGAUCACAUAAAAUGUCAUACCAAAGAAAAAGUAGUUGCCUGUCCAACCUGUGGAGCAAUUUUUGCCUCAAAUACCAAGUUCUUUUAUCAUUGUCGUCGUCAAAUUUCUAUCGAAGUUCAAGGAUUUCAAUGUUCUUACUGUACCAAAUUCUAUCCCACUGAAAGAAUUCUCCGAGAACAUAUGAGAUUUCAUGUAUUUAAAUAUAAAUGCAAUAAAUGUGAUAUGAGUUGUGAAUCUCCAGCAAGUUUAGCCAAACACAUUCGAUACAGGCAUGUUUCUUCAAGACCAUUUCACUGCCAAUUAUGUUCACAUUCUACUAAAUCUCAACAGGAUCUUGAUUCUCAUAUGACAGUACACACAAAUGGUCCCAAUUUCUUCUGUAAUAAUGAAGGGUGUACUUAUACAUGCAAGAAUGCUUAUGUACUUGACAGACAUAUUGAAAGAGUUCACAGAUCAGAAGUUCGAUGGUAUUGCUGUCAUGAAUGUCCAAUAAAAUAUAGAAAGAGUUAUACACUCACAAAGCAUUUGAUAGAAGCGCAUAACUUACAGUGGCCUACAGGUCACAAACGUUUUCAAUAUACAAGAGAUGAUGAAGGUUGCUAUAGAUUACAAAUGGUAAGAUACGAAUGCUUCGACGAAGAUGCUGAUGAUUCUGACAAACAGAUAGGCCUUCCUGAUAAGGAUUACAAAUUAAAAAUUGAUUCAAAUGCCGAAAUUCCAAGGCUGGAGAUCGUAGAAGACAAGGGAGAAGAUGACAGUAAUACAGCCUUGGAAGUUAAUACAGAUGUGGAUGACAAUAUUGGAAAGUCAAUGCCUGUUAUUUCAAAUAUUUUGAUCUCUAUUGACGAGUUAGAUGCAUAUGGAAAUAUCAUCGAUAGCAAAGUAAUUGAAGCUCAAGAAACAAAUGUUUUACCUCCUUCGGAUGAACCUCCCAUUAUUUUAACAUAGAAAUAUAGUAUUUUAAAAUAGAAUUAGAAGAAAAAACAAGUAUUUUUCAUCAAUUGAUUAUUUUUUAUAAACUUUCGUAGUUAUAAGAAAAUGAACAGUUUGGAGUUUAAAUAAUAAUAAAUUAUUUAAUUUUCAAUAUUUUUUGGUUUUCAACUCAUGAAUGCUGAGUAAGUUUUUCAUUAUAAAAAAAUGCAUUUGGUAAAAAGCUACGUAUUACAGAAUUUUAUAUCAAUUUCCGUUUAAAUUCGACUAGACUUAAAUAAACCAUAU